AUGUUAGUAAAGCAUUUGGACAAAAGAAGACUGCAGUAUUUUACUUACAAUGAAAAUUAUGAUGCUUUAAAUUCAUUGCAAUAUAUAGUUUCAUCAUGGAAUUGCGACCAAUUUGCUGAGUGGUUAAAAGGUGUUGAUGAUGGAAUUAUUGCAUACUUACCAAAAAUUAAAAAAGCAAAUAUUACAGGAAAAAAUUUAGAUGUAAUCGAUGAAGAAUAUCUUGAAAAUAUUGGUAUUUAUAGUUUUGGCAUACGGAGAAUUAUUAUGCAAGCGAUUAAUAGUUUAUUAUAUUUCUGUCGUGAUAUAGAAAAAGAUAGUUUACAAAGACUUAUGAUGAUGUGUGUUUCAAAACUUGAUAUGUUAAUAGGAUGUGUGCAGAAAGUUCAAACAACUCCAGAACAAAUAAAAAAUUUUUCAAAAGAUAAUUUAAGAUUAAAUGUAUAUACAUUUCUUAAUAACACUUAUUCAAAUUUAGUUUAUGUUGUGGAUGAAGUUAAAAAAAUUGUUUUUUGGCUUGAUAGGAGUCCAUUUGAUAGAUUAGAUAUGUAUAUACAAAUAAGAGAAAAAAUUUUAAAUGAUUGUAUUGAUUUAGCUAAAGUUGAUAGUUUACGAUCAAGAAAUAUUUUAAAAACAAAUUCUAUUUAUACAAAAGCUAAAAAAAUGAGAGAAUAUUUAAUUGAUUUAAUUAGAACCAGAAAUGAUCCUAUUUUUGUUUGUACAAGUUUUACAGAAAGAGCCGUUAUAAAAAUAAAUGAACCAACUGAAUUGGGUAUUAAUAUUCAAUCUUCUUUUAGAGGUGUUCAUGUAAUUAGUGAAAUAAGGACAGAUUCACCUGCUGAUCGAUGUGAAAAAUUAGAUGCAGGAGAUGAAAUUUUGCAAAUAAAUGAGUCUAAUUAUAAUGAUACAGAUCAUAAUAUUGGAAAACAAAUAGUAUUACUAGUUAAUAAAAGGCCACGUAACCCUAUUGCAGCAAAAAUGUUUAUUAGACCUAAUAAACCAAAACAAAGACCAAUAUCUCCUGUACCAGAGGAUUCUUCUAUGCAAUGGUUGAAGUUAAAUAGAACGUCUAGUUUAAAUAUUGCUAAAUCUGCUUGGAGGAAUCAUAACCAGAGAUAUGCUGGUUCAACAAUUCAAUUUGCCUCUAUUGCACAUAUAUCACUUGAAGAAGAGGAUUCUAAAAAAAUUAGAAGAAGGAAUUCUAUUAGUGGUGAUAAACCAGACGGAACAGAAUAUGAAGAUGUACCAUUUGAAAUAGAAAUAGACAAUGAAUUAAUGCGAAGAAAUUCAUUUGUUAGUUCGUAUUUAAAAUCUCGUAGAAAACGUACAGUAUUUAGGCAAUUUUCAAAUGAUACUAUUAUUUUAGAACAAGACAAUUCUGUAGAUGCUACUUCAUCAGAUAUACCAAAUAUUAUAAUAAGAAGAACAAAACGAAUGAGACAACAACCAAAUGAACAUGUAAAAUCAUUUAUUAAUAAUCGUUUAACAGAUGAAGAUGUUGAUUUUAAUAAUAUUAAUGAAGAAUUAAUUGAAGGAGAAAAUAUAACUGCAAAUUUAAAUUAUGCAGAAAUUGAGUUAGUUCAAAAUGAUAAUAUUUUAGAUUUAAAUAUUGAUAAAAUUCCAUGUGUAUCGGAUUUAGAUUGGUCUGCUCCAAUAAAUGAAAUAACAAAAUUACAUCAUAAACAAGAGGAUAAAACUAAAAAUCAUAGUUUAGGAAGUUUAGAAUCACCAAAAGUAAACAGUAAUUUUUAUUUUGAUUCAUCUCCAUCUAAUUCAGCUACACCCCGUUCAAAUAUUUGCCCUAUAUCCCCAUUAUAUUACAACAAAGUUCCUCUUUCACCUUUUGGAAUAAAUAAUCGUGGUAAAUGUUUUACACCGGCUUCAACUACUUUUACAGAUAUAUCGGAAGAGUUAUCUAGUAGUAGACAAAGUACUUCGUCUACCUAUAAUGUUAUAAAAACAACAUCUCCAUCAUCAUCAGUUUCUUCUCAUUAUUCAUUGGUUUCAACAAUACAUAAAACAAAACCAGCUUUAAAUAUGUUAGCUCCAUUGGCAGAACCAGAUGACAGUGGAAAUAUAAAUACACCAAAACGAUUACCAAAUCAAUAUUUAAAUUCUAAUUAUGAUAAAAAACCAUCAUUAGAAGAUAUAAUUGAGAUAACUGAGAUACCAUAUGUUAAUUUAUCUGGUAUCCUUAUUGAAGGUAACAGCCGUUGGAGAAAUUCUACUCGAUAUAAAUUUACUAAAGGUUGGGCUGUUUUAGCCUCAAUAAAUGGUGUUAGGUAUUUAUUAAUUUAUUCAAGUCAAAAAUCAGAAAAAGCUUCUAUUUUAAUUCAACCAAGAUAUUUUAAAAUAUCAUUAGAUAUUAAAUUAAAAACUUCUAAAAAACAUUUAUUGUUCUUAAGUAACAAAAGCUUUGAAAUUUAUUUAGCGACUUAUACUCGUGAAGAUACAUUAUUUUGGAAUGAUUAUCUUAUUAAGGGAAAUUUGAUGAUUAAUGAAGUUGAUAAUAUUGAUGAAAUAACACAAAAAUAUAUUUUACAACAUUCUUAUUAUAUACGUUCAAAUAGUAGUACGGUAAAAUGUUAUAACAAUAACAAUAAUAUUCAGUAUUCUGCACAUUUAGAAAUUCCUUCAGGAAAUGAGUCAAAAAAUUUUUUAAGUUCAUUGAUCUUUAAAUCAAAAUUAUUAUCUCGUAAAACUCCUAGAGACAUUACCAUUUCAAAAUUAGAUAAAACUAAAUUUUCACUUUCUGAAAAAAAAUACAUAAUAUAUGAUGUUAAUUAUGGUGAAGGAUUUAAUCUUAGAAGAGAUGUAUAUUUACGAAUUGCCAAUACAAUUAGAAUUUUACGUGAAAAUGGUCAUAAUUAUAUAUUAGUAUUACCACCAUUUGGUCGAUUAUAUCAUUGGAAAAAAGGAGAAUCACAAAUUCCAUGGAAAAAUUUAUUUGAUAUUAAAUCAUUACAAAAAUUUAUUCCAGUUAUUGAUUUUAAUGAUUUUUUAAAAGAAGAGGGAGGAUAUAUAAAAAUCGAUUUAAUUUUAUAUUUACAAGGAUAUAAAGAAGGGUGGGGAAGUCAUUUUGAAAUUAAAUAUGAUGAAAGGGAUUGUAUUGAAAAUAAAUAUUAUAAAUAUGCAAAUAAUAGAUGGUAUGGUUGGUUUUUUGGUUAUGAAGAUAAUGUUAUAGCUAAAAACUUUCAAUGUUUAUCAAUACAAGGGCAAUCAAAUACAUUAUCAAAUGCCAUAAUACAUUCAUAUAUAAAUAAUCGAAUAAUAUUUAUUGAUAGAGCAGAAGUAAUUCUUCAUGAUAUUUUUUCAGAUGUUUACUAUUGGAGAGCUAGAAGAUCUAUGAGAUAUGCACAUUAUCUAAUUAAAUAUGGAGACUUAUUUAGAAGUGAAAUGUUUAACUCUACAGAUAUUAAUGAUAAAACUGUUAUGGAUGAUGAUUGGAGAUUGGUAAAAAAACAACAUGGAGAUGCUAUUGGUGGUAAUUAUGUAUGUGUACAUUGGAGAAGGGGUGAUUUUGUUAGAUCUCAUAGUAAAGAUAUACCAUCAAUAAAAGGAACAGCUAAUCAAGUGGAAUUAUUUGCAAAAAAGUAUAGUUUAAAUAAAGUAUUUGUAUCAAGUGAUUGUAAUGAUAUCGAAUGGCAAAAACUUAAAAAUGAAUUUAAUAAUAAUUUAGAAAUAUUUCGUUUUGAAGAUAAAGAUUUAUCUGAUGGUGGGAUAUCAAUAAUUGACCAAUAUAUUUGUUCACAUGCACGGGCUUUUAUUGGUUCUUAUGUUUCAACAUUUUCAUUCAGAAUACAUGAAGAUCGUGAGAUUAUGGGUUUUUUACCUGAGACAACUUUUAAUAGAUUAUGCCCAGACAAUGAUCUUAAUUGUGAACAACCAACAAAAUGGUUAAUUAAAUAUUCGUAA